AUGGUAUCGUCAAUCGUCAUCCUCAUUGGUGCUGUAGUCGCAUACAGCGUCUACGCUAACGUCACCGGCCUCCGACGCAACAUAACCGAGGCCAAGAAGGUCGGGCUGCCAUAUGUCGUUACUCCUGCGUCGCCCUUCUCGAUAGUAUGGCAGCUCACCCAUAAGUUCUGGGUCCCUAUCAUCAAGACCUUUCCUAAAUCUUGGUGGGGAAACUGGCUCGAUCUCCUCAUAGCGGACUGGGCCUACCAAAAGCGCCACGCCCCCUUUGCGCGCAUCGGCGAGACGUUCAUUAUCGUAUCGCCCUUCCAGAUUCUCGUCGUGACAAACAGCGCCGAAGCUAUCCACCAGAUCACGCAGCAGCGCGAGAAGUUCCCCAAGCUGGUCGAGACAUACGCGAUCCUGAAACAGUUUGGUGAUAAUGUCCUGACCACCGAGGGUGCCGUGUGGCGUAUGCACCGAAAGGUCACGUCCGCUACAUUCAACGAGAAGAACGCCGCUCUCGUCUUCGUCGAAUCCAUCAACCAGGCGCAGGGCAUGGUGCAAAAGUGGUUCGGUCCGGACGGGAAGAGUAGGCAGACGGUCAAGACGCUGGAUCACGAUACAAUGCGCCUCGCGCUCAACAUCAUCGGCUACGUCGGAUUCGGCAUGCGCCUGGUCUGGCCGGGGCAGGCGCUGCCUGAAGGCACGGAUCCGAAACUUAAGAAGUACAGCUCGCUCGAGGCCGCGCCUGGCCACACGAUGAGCUUUGCCGACGCCAUUGCCGAGAUGUUGGAACACAUACUGGUUUUGUUGCUGGUACCACACAAGCUCCUGAAAAUGCUGCCCUUCAACUACACAAAGAAGGCGGUAGAGUCGCACGAUAACUACGUGCAAUACAUCGAUGAGUUGAUGCAGGACAAGAUCGAGGACCUGCGGAACGGCGGGGGGGGAAACGCCGGCAUGGACCUCAUGGGCCAGCUCGUCAAGUCCAAGUACGGCAAUGAGGCGACCGACGGCGGUGUCAGCGGGGCCGUGUUCAAGGAAUCUAAGAUUCCGCAGCUGUCAAAGUCGGAGAUCGCGGGCAAUGCUUUCAUCAUGCUCGUCGCGGGCCAUGAGACGACGGCGAAUGCGAUGCACUUUGGGCUAAUCGAGAUCGCCUGCAAUCCGGCUGUGCAAAGGCAGCUGCAGAAGGACAUUGACGGCAUAUUUGGCGACAGCGACCCGAGUACGUGGAAUUACGAUAGCACGGUAAACCCGAUGCUUGCGUCGAUGCUGGGGGCUUGCAUGAACGAGACGCUUCGGUUGACGCCGGCCGUGGUCGAAAUUCCCAAGGAAGUGAACCCCGCAGGCGACGGCAUCAUCUCGUUAGAAGGCGAGAAGUACGCCCUGCCCAAGGGGGCGCACAUCUCCAUCGUGGGCGUGGCGGCGCACCACAACCCGCGUAACUGGCCGUCGAAGCCAAGCAAGAUCACAGGCGCGGAACACGACCUCGACGACUAUGUGCCGGAGCGGUGGUACCGCGCCAGCAUCAAGGCGGCGCAGACCGAGGACAAGAAUGGCGACACGGAGGACUACGGCGGGUACAAGGGCUCGGAUACGAGCGAGAAGAUGUUCCGGCCGGUGCGGGGCUCGUACGUCCCCUUCUCGGAUGGCCCGCGGUCGUGCCUCGGGCGGCGCAUCGCGCAGGUCGAGAUCAUCGCCGCGCUGGCCGUCAUUUUCCAGCGGUACAGCCUCGAGCUGGCAGUGGACGAGUGGUCGUCGGAUGCCGAGGUUGAUGCCAUGAGCCGGGAGGAGAAGCAGAAGCUGUACAAGAAGGCACAGGACAAGUGCCGCGAGACGGUUAAGAAGGCAACGACGAUGUUGACGCUAAAGCUGCCGCAAGGGAUGAGUGUCCCGGUUCGGAUUGUGCCGAGGGGCGAGGAAAGGUUCGUCAACUUUGUUGACUCUGCUUAG